AUGUCUCAAGAAACGGAGGCAGCGGGAGAGGCGGGUGCGAGCUUGUCCGCACAAGAAUGGAAGAAGCGAGUGGACAAUGCGUCAGACAGCGGCGUCUUUGAUGCGCAUGCUUGUCGAUUGAGCAAGUUCCCCGAGGAAAUCUUGAACUUCAAGAAUCUCAAGAAGAUAUUCUUGCAGAACAACUACAUCGAAACGCUGCCGUCUGAGAUUGGAAACUUUCCGAAUCUCGCCAUCUUGUACCUGCAAGAAAACAAGUUGCAUGAUGUUCCUCCUGACCUAGGAAAACUCUCCUGCCUCUCUAUCCUCGCGCUGCAUGGAAAUCAGAUUCGGUACAUCCCGAGGGACCUGGGACACUGCCAGAGCUUGCAGGUCCUGUCGCUGUCCAACAACCGAUUGACGCAGAUUCCACUUGAGAUCGGAAGAUGCAACAAGCUGAAGAGCCUCGACCUUAAAGACAACCCGGACAUCGCGAUACCUCCUCGCUUGUGCAAGUGGACGACAUUGAAGUCGCUAUCCAUGAACAACAACGAAGUCAAGUCGCUUCCCUCCAAAUUCGGGCAGCUUGUCCACCUUGUAUCGCUCAGCUUCGCCUCCAACAGGCUCGUCGUCCUGCCCAAGUCCUUCGCCUUCCUCUCUCGUCUCAAGUCGCUCAACCUCGACAGCAACCUGCUCACCUUCCUUCCCCUGGAAAUCGCCAGGCUAACGGCCAUCACCUCCAUCAGAUUGACAGACAAUCAAGUUGCUGUCCUGCCGCCUCAAAUCAGAGCGCACAAGUACGUGGAGAGCCUCGAUCUCUCCUACAACCUCAUCUCCUCAAUCGCUCCCCAAGUCUCUGCUCUUAGGAACCUCCUCAGCCUCCGCCUGUCCUACAACACCCUGACCCUGCUGCCCCCCGAGCUGGGCAAGCUGAGAAGCCUCACCAACCUGGACAUCGUGGGCAACCGGAUCUCCUACUUUCCGAAUCACUUCAGCGCCUUGACUAGCCUCAGGGUUCUGAAGAUCAGCAGGAACGAGUUCAAGCUGAUACCCGACUGUGUGCGGAACUUCACCAGCCUGAGGGUACUGUCGGCCAGCAGGAACAAGCUCGUCACGCUCUCGAGCGUGCUGGAGGGCUGCAUCCUCCUGGAGCAGCUCUGGCUGCAAGAGAAUCUCCUCACAUCGCUCCACCCCAUGAUCGGCAACCUCGAGCGCCUCAACUCCCUCAACUUCGGCAGGAACGCCAUCACCUCCAUCCCCCCCCAGCUGGGCUCCUGCGUCGCCCUGACGGCGCUGGGGAUCUACGGCAACGGCCUGUCGCGUCUGCCUCCCUCCCUGAAGAAGCUCCGG